AUGCAGACCCGCUUCUCCACCGUCUGGUCUGGCCCACUUAGGCUUAGGACCAAUCAAUCUCACACCGAAUCUAUUGGAGUUGUAGUGAACCUUCCAUGGCUCUGCAAAGAAUCCCUUAACAGACUCCUCCAAAAAGAAGUCUGGAGAACCGUGAGGACCACAGGUCACAGCAACCUUCCACUCCUUACUGGCAAUUGGAGGAAUCAAAGAUGCUGGAACGGGUUGUGGAGCAGACACUGGAGCUGGCAGAGUGCAUGCUUCCAAGUUAGGUUGACCCAAAAAGAGAACGUCUCCCAACUUGAGCACUCUUCCGUUGUAUCCACCAAGGUUUCCGAGAGCAAAGGUGGAACGAGAGCCAAGAUACUCAGUAACAUCGAUACCGCCUCUGAUAGCCAAGUAACUUCUGCAUCCAGAAGUCAGCUUGCCAAUAACCAGUUUGUCGCCUCUCUUAAUGUCAAUUGGCUCGUACAUUUUCUUGGACUCGCCGUUGACAGUAAUUGGAACCUCUCCACCGGUAAUGCCAAUGACGGCCUCAUGGUGGAACAAAAUGGAAGGACCGUUCAAAGUAAUUUCAAUAGCAGGAGCCUUUUCGUGGUUACCAACAAUUCUGUUGGCCAGUCUGAAAGAGUAAGCGUCCAUUGGUCCAGAAGGUGGAACACCAAUUCUCCACAAACCGGUUCUACCUGGGUAGUCCUGGACGGUGGUGUAGGCACCUGGAGAAGUGAUCUCGAAAGCGUUGGCCUUGUAAUCGUAAGAGUCCAAAACCUUGGUAGCAACCUUGGCAGUCUCAAACAUGGUGGAGUUGGCAACAGAUCUCAAGUAGUCGAUAUUGGUGUCAAUUCUGGCCCAUUUUGGGAAUUUGACCUCGGUCAGCUGUCCCGGCGAAGGCAUGAAGUCUUUGACUGGGUUCUCGGCGUACAGUCUAGCUUCCAUAGAGGCGCCCUCGCACCUGAUAGUCUGACUAAAGUCUGGAGACAUGUCUGCGGCGAUGAAAAGCAUCCACUCAACCAGGUCGAGUCCGGUCACUUGCUCUGUGAUUGGAUGUUCAACCUGGAGACGAGCGUUGACUUCCAAGAAGUAGAACUCGUCUCUUUUCUCGUCGUAGAUGAAUUCCACGGUACCAGCACCUUUAUAGUUGAUCGAGGCAGCAAGCUGCUCGGCAGCUUUUCUCAUCUUGGCUCUGGUGGUGUCUGGGAGGUUUGGAGCUGGUGUUUCUUCGAUAAUCUUUUGGUUUCUUCUUUGCAAAGAGCAAUCCCUUUCCCCAAGAGCAAUAGCCUUACCGUAACCAUCACCAAACAUUUGGAUUUCAACGUGACGAGCAUUCUCAACAAAACGUUCAAGGAAAACACCAGAGUCACCAAAGUAGGCUUGACCUUGAUGUUGGACGGUCUGGAAAACUCUCUCAAUGUCGGCAGCAGAAUCGACUUUUUGCAAACCAAUUCCUCCUCCUCCGGCAGUAGAUUUCACCAUGAUAGGACCCAAUUUUCUGAUGGCAUCACCACUUGGUCCAACAAAGACAAUGUUCUCCUUCUUCAAUCUGUCCGAGAAAUCGGCGUUCUCAGAAAGGAAACCGUAACCAGGAAUAACAGCCUGGGCACCACUGUCCUUACAUGCCUUGACGAUCUUGUCGAUGUUGAUGUAGGUCUCCGCGGCAGAAACUCCGUGCAAUGGAAUGGCAACGUCGGCAAUCAAAGCAUGCUCAGCAUACUUGUCAGCGUCAGAGUAGACGGCAACCGACUUGAUAUUGAGUUUCUUGAGAGUCUUGAUGAUACGAACAGCAAUUUCUCCUCUGUUGGCCACCAACACGGAGUCAAAAGGCUUUUUUUGCUUGGAAACCUCCUUUUGUUGAAGGUAGUUUCUCCAUCCACCAAGAUGGGUAAUGUCCUCGGAACCUUUCUGGGUGUAUCCAAUCUCUUCGCAGAUGAACGAUUUCACAACCUCGCCAGAUUUGGUCUCGACAGAUCCAAUUCCCAGAGGCUCUGGGACCAUGGAGAUGAACUCACCAAACUUCUCAGUUGGAACAGCGUAGAUUUCGAUCUCGAUCUCAGAUCCUUCUUCGUCGUAACUGACCCUGCGCAAGCCAGGUUUGGCAAUUGGUCCGGUCACAGGAAGAGCAUAGAGUUUGUAGUUCUUGGAAGUGGUUGUCUUCUCAACGAAAGCCGCUUGGACCUUCUCCAAUUGCCAGUGGAGAGGAAGACCCUUCAAGUGAGCACCAACAACCGCCAGUUUGACGGUGGUCUCUGGGUUAGGAAUUGGCAGAGUAGGGUCGAUCUCGUCAGAGACACCAGCCUCCAAAUCUUUCAUAGCACCCAGAUAUCUUCCGUUAGGAUACAAGGUCUUGAAGAACUUGCUUGCCAAGUCGAGCAAAGCGUAGUCCUCGAAAGCUUGUCCCAAAAUGGUGACACCAUUAGGAAGACCGUCGGAUCUGAAUCCAACAGGAAUUGCCAAUGCAGACAAGUCUGCAAGGUUGACAAAGUUGGUCCAGGUACCUUGUCUGGAGUUGACAAGAAUUGGUUCUUUUUGAACCUCGGCGAUGGAUGGGUUCAAUGGACAAGUUGGAACAAGCAUGACCUCGGUUCCGGCAAAGCUGUCGUGAACACGCUUGAGAAUGGCCUGUCUCUUACACUUUGCGAGGUCCAGCAACGGCGUGAAGUCGCAUGGAACGAUCUCGGCUCCCAUUUCCUUGAAUGUGUUGACGGCCUUUUCGUAGAUCUUUGGGUUUUCGGUGUCGUUGUACCACAGUCCGGUGAGAUCUGUAGGAACGGCGAUCUUUGGCUUGGCCGAGUAUUGUCUCUUUGGGUUGGCAGGAAGGGCUCUGGAGUACUCGCAGUUGGAGAAGUCGGCCUUGGCCAAGAUAUCGAAACACAAUUGAGCGUCGCCCAAGUUUGUUGCAAACACAGAAGGACAAUCCAACGACUUACAAGCAGGAACAACACCGGCGGUGGAGAAAGCACCCUUAGUUGGCUUGAGUCCAAUCAGAUUAUUCAAAGCAGCAGGAACUCUUCCUGA